GAUGAGUUGCUGUUCAUUCAUUGGAAGAGUUUUAUUGGCUGUCAUUUUCAUAGGUGCAGGAGUAGACAAAUUAACUUAACCACAAUCUUCUGUAGGAUUUUUGAAUAGUAGAUAUCCAGCCUUUUAUAAACAUUUGGAAACUACAACAAAAUAAUACAAUGUUCAACUUCCAGUUUAAUUAGUAAGAUAUUGUCUUAAUAUUUUUAGUCGCCCACAUCAAUCAAGCAAUAAUCCAAUGAAAUCAUUUUAGGAGUAGGUGGUGCUGAAGUGCUUUUGGGCUUACUCGUCAUUUUUAAUUAAGGAUGGGCAGGAAAAUUGUUGUCUUUAUUGACUUUAUCAUUUGUUGCUGUUAUUCACAACCCCUUUAUUCAUGGAACAACAUAAGCGUAAUUUUAAUAAACAUUUAUAAAUAGUGAAAAAUUAUCAGAAUAAAUCCAAUCAUUAUGGACAUUAGGUAUUGCUGGCGCUUUAUUGAUUGUUGGUGCUUCAUCAAGCAAAACUUGUGCUCCAGCAGAUCCCAAGGCAACCGGAAAAUCAAAGGGAGUAACACCAACUGCCCAACCAAGCAAGAAGGCCAAGAGAAAUUGAG